UAUAUGGAUGAUUUAAAAAUAAUGGCUGCAACUAGGAACCAACUAAACCAAAUGCUGCAUAUAGUAGAAGAGUUCUCCAAUGACAUCGGCAUGCAAUUUGGACUAGAUAAAUGCCGUACUCUCAAUAUAAUCCGAGGAAAAAUUCAGCCAGGAGAAUAUCAGAUGCAGAAUGUCCAGACCAUCGAGGCCAUGGGCGAACAUGAAAUUUACAAAUACUUGGGGAUGAAACAAUCACAAACGAUUGAACAACAAACAAUGAAAUGCGAACUGACUAACGAGUUUGUGAAAAAGGUAAGACAAGUUUUGAGAACCAAUCUCAACAGCAAAAAUAUUUUUAAGGCACUUAACUCCUAUGCAUGUUCAGCUCUUAGUUAUUCAUUUGGGGUAAUUAAUUGGAGUAGGACAGACAUAGAAAGGCUACAAAGAAAAGUGAGGGCCCUACUUACUAAAACGCACAACCACCACCCUCGAAGUGCCACUGAAAGAACAAUGCUUCCCCGCCACCUUGGAGGAAGAGGAUUAAUAGAUCUGGGUAAACAACUUGAAAAACAAAUCACUAACUUAAGAUCCUAUUUUUACAGGCAAGGAGAAAAUUCCACGCUGCAUCGCGCAAUAAAUCAAAUAGACGAUUCCACUCCUCUACAACUUAAGAGCGAGGAAGCGCGCAGCUACCAUCAUACGGACCAGGAAAAACUCCGCAUCUGGAUGGAGAAGCCCCUUCAUGGGCGGCAUCCUAAUGAGAUCAGCCAAAAUCAUGUCGACACUGCUUCGUCGAACUAUUGGUUGGUAUCAGGCAAGAUGUUUCCAGAAACCGAGGGCUUUCUACUCGCCAUCCAAGAUCAGGUUAUACCAACAAGAAAUUAUCUCAAGCACAUCGUCAGAGAUCCGUCCGUACAAAACGACAAAUGCCGGUAUGGAUGCCAAACAUCAGAGACAAUCCAGCACAUAAUAGGAGGAUGUCAGGCCUUUGCAGCGACAGAAUACAAAGAACGGCACGACUCAGUUGGGAAAAUUUUACAUCAAGAGUUGGCAAUGAAGUUGGAACUUAUUACAACAGAGAAGGAAAACAACUCUAAUUGACGUAGCCAUACCGAACAACAAUAAUCUGCAAGAGAAACACACUGAGAAAAUCGCCAAAUACAGAGAUCUAGAAAUUCAAAUCGGAAGGCAAUGGAGAAUGGAUAAUGUUCAGACCAUCCCAAUUGUUAUAUCGACAACGGGUGUAAUACCGAAGAGUCUACUGGAAUACCUUAAACAACUAGGAACUGGCGAACAUCUAUAUAAGCACAUGCAAAAGGCAGUACUACUGGCAACUGCUCGCAGCACCCGGAAAUUUCUAGGGGAUAACUCUACAUUUCAGGUCACUUAAGGACACCGAAAAGGCCCCCACA